AUGCUGUUACGGAGACAUGUUAGUCUCCUAAGAUCAGCUGUGCAACAUGCGCACCUUACGCCAGCCCUGACUCCACGAUCCAAUCUUCGACAGUACGCGACUUCAUCAUCUACCGAUGAAAAAGACAUAGCCGUCGUGGGCGGCGGCAUCACCGGCCUGGCGAGCGCAUACUACCUGGCCAAAGAGCUUCCAAGAGCUAAGAUUACUAUAUACGAAGCCAGCGAACGCGUGGGAGGAUGGCUACACUCGAAGCAUGUAGAAGUGCCGAACGGCAGGAUACUGUUCGAGGGAGGACCACGGACGCUGCGCAUGUCUCCUCUGGCGCCGGCCGGCAUGGUUACGGCGCGUCUGAUUCAAGAGCUCGGCCUCAUUGACGACGUGUUAUACACCUUUAAAGACUCACCCGCCGCCCGAAACCGCUAUGUCUACUACCCGGAUCACCUCGUCAAGAUGCCACACCCCAGUGCCGGGCUCUUCAAUACCGUCAAAACCAUAUUGAGCGAACCGGUUUUUCGGGGCCUACCCUCGGGCAUGCUCAAGGAGCCGUUUCAGGACGAGCGAGAUUCACGCAUCACCGACGAGUCUGUUGGCUCGUUUCUAGCGCGACGAGUAGGGAAAGUCUUUCCGGACAAGCUCGUGUCGGCGGUGCUACAUGGUAUUUACGCCGGCGAUGUGUACCAGCUCAGCGCAAGGAGCCUUUUCCCAUUACAAUGGCACCUAGAGGGAAAGCAUGGGAGCAUCAUCAAGGGUCUCUUUGCAGCUCCUGGGCCAGUACCGAUGUUGAAACGGGAUGUGGAUCUGAUCAGGGAGCAAAACCCGCGAGACCUGGAUCCUAAGUUCAGGAAGAACCUCCUGCGGUGUAGCGUCUACAGCUUCAAGAACGGCAUCCAGCAGCUCGUCGACCGCCUAACGGAACGGCUGAGACAAAACAAGAACAUCACCUUCGCGCCAUCGACGGCUAUAAAAACGAUCGAGAAAGAUAGCUCCACCGGCGGCAUCAAACUCACCACCACCGCGCCCUCCACAGACCCAAAACCCCACACCCACGCCAUCUCCACGCUCUUCUCGCGCACCCUCUCCACCCUCUGCCCCUCCCCCAGCAACGCCCCCACCCUCCUCCCCACCCUUGCCAAGACUCACGCCGUAACCGUCAUGGUGGUAAACCUCUACUUCAGCCGGGCCUCCGUGCUCCCCGUCUCGGGCUUCGGCUACCUCCUCCCACGCGCGCUCCCCUUCGCCCAGAACCCCGAAUUCGCACUCGGCUGCGUCUUCGACUCCGACGCCAUCGCCGGCCAGGACUCGCUCUCCUCCCCCGGCGCAAAAGUAACAGUCAUGCUGGGGGGCCACUGGUGGGACGGCUGGACGGCGUUCCCGUCCGCGGAGGAGGGCGUGGCGAUGGCGCGGACGGUGCUGGCGCGGCAUUUGGGGGUUGUGGAGGAGCCCGCGGCGAGCAAUGUGUCGGUGCAGAAGGAAUGCAUUCCGCAGUAUACGGUCGGGCAUUAUGAGAGGAUGGGGAAGGCGCAUGGGGAGCUGAAGGAGGCGUUUGAGGGGCGGUUGAGGGUUGUGGGGAACAGUUAUACGGGCGUGGGAGUUAAUGAUUGUGUUAGGGCGGCGAGGGAUCUGGCAAAGGGGUUUGCGGAUGAGAGGAGUUGGGACGUCAGGACGGGGUUGGAGGCGUUUAAGGAGGAGGAGAAGUGGGUUAGGGGACCGGUUGUUAGGAGACGGAAGCCGGGUGAGGAGGAGGAGGAGGAAGAGAAGUAG